UAUCGUCCGGGGAACUGGUAAUCAGGCCAUUUAAAACUCGCGUGUUUACACCUCGAGGGCCAUCAUCGAAAAUCAGCAGUUAGUUUUAGUUAUCUCCUGCUUACGCCAGAACUUCAGGAAAGACCGAGUUGUUUAUAAUCGAUACUAUUAUCUACUCGAUUAUUUUACCGGUUUUUGGUACCACAUUGCAAAGCACUAGACGAUUAAAAAAACAUUCGUUCAUUUCAUUCACUCACAAAAUGGCGUCACCGGCGAUUUGCUGUUUCUCCGGCUCCGACAAACAAAACGUCAUUUUUUCUUGUAAGUAAUAGCUAUAUAGCCACGAGUUUCAGAACUAUUUUGAUGUAUAAAUGUAUUAAUUGUAAUGUUUAUGAAAUCAUUUCAACUUUUACACCCAAUUUUAUAUCAUUAUUCUCCCAUAUCGUGUUUAGUUUCCUCUUCGCGUUCAUUUUCUGUUAGUACGUUGCUUUUUAAAAGCAUGAAGAUCGGAACCCACGAUGGCGUAUUCCAUUGCGACGAAGUCCUGGCUUGCUUCAUGCUCAAGCAGCUACCGCAGUACAAGGAUGCCGAGAUCGUCCGCACCAGAGACCCGGAGAAGCUGAAGACUUGCGAUAUCGUGGUAGAUGUUGGCGCGGCGUUCGACCAUGAGGCAAAGCGGUACGAUCAUCAUCAGAGAGAAUUUAGCGAGACCUUGAGUUCUUUGCGGCCCGAGCUUGGUGAUAAGUACAAAAUAAAAUUAAGUUCAGCUGGUCUAGUUUACGCAUAUUAUGGUGAGGAUGUCAUCCAAACCAUUGCUCCUAAGGAAGUCCCGCUACAAUCAGAAGAUUUAAGGAUCAUUUACAAGAAAGUAUAUGAAAACUUCAUUGAAGAAAUAGAUGCUAUUGAUAAUGGAGUACCUAUGACCAGUGAGGAGCCAAAAUACAAGAUAAGAACACAUUUAAGUACAAGAGUGGGUCGCUUAAACCCAGAAUGGAACUCUAGUGCUAAAGUGGACCUAGAUGAGGUGUUCAAGAAAGCUAUGAAACUUGUUAGUGAAGAGUUUCUUUACACUACUAACUAUUUUAUAUCAGUUUGGCUGCCCGCUAGAGAUUAUGUCAAGUCUGCGAUAGAAUCUAGAUUUGAGGUUCACAAGUCGGGCCAGAUUUUGGAAUUUACAGAAAGGUUCCCCUGGAAGGAGCACCUGUUUGACCUUGAGACCGAGAUGGGGCUUGGCCAAGAGAUCAAGUAUGUGCUGUUCAACGACAAGCCGAAGUCAUGGAGGGUGCAGGCUGUGCCUCAGAACCCUACCAGCUUCAUUACCAGGAAACCUCUCCACAAAGAGUGGUGGGGCGUCCGCGACGAGCUAUUGAGCGACGUGGCCGCCAUACCGGACUGCGUGUUCUGCCACAGCACCGGCUUCAUCGGCGGCAACGCCACCAGGGAGGGCGCGCUUAAGAUGGCCGUCGCCAGCUUAGAAGCUUGAUCGGGAUAUUAUAUUUGACACACAUA